UAAUUCAUGUUUCUCCUUCUAGUUGUGUGUAUAUAAUUUCAACCACCAAUAAUUCUUCAAACUCAACACUUUCCUUACUCUUCCCUUCAUUUUCCAUUCCUUUAUGAUUUCAAUCUCAAUAUACUUCCGUUUAUAAUUCCUUUGGUUUGUGCCACUACACCAACAACAAGAAACCGACUAUUAUAUAUAUAUAUAUUUUACUGCUAUAAAAAUCUGAACAAGUGUAGAAGAAAAUUAAAGUCCUCUUUACCUAUUUCCCCAGGUAGGUAACACAGCUAAAAAAAUAUGGACACAACCAUCAUUGAAGGAAGAUCCAUUUCAAAGCCACCAUACUUCGAUGGUACAAACUGUACUGAAUGGAAAGAGCGUACAAAGAUAUUCAUACAAUCAGUUGACUAUAAAAUUUGGCUUGUGAUUAAGAAUGGACCAAAAAUUCCGAAAAAAUUAAUAAAUGGUCGUCGAGAAGUGUUGAAAUCUGAAGAUGAAUUCAAUGAUGAAGAUAUCAAGAACAUGGAACAAGAAGCAAAAGCCAAAAAUAUUUUAUAUUGUGCCAUAAAUCCAGAUGAUCUUGAAAGAAUUUCAAGUUGUCAGACAUCAAAGGAAAUGUGGGAGGAGCUUGACAGGGAAGUGACUACAUCUGAUGUCAGUUCUACAUCUCCAGUACCAGUUGUUCAAAGGAGUGCAUCAGCAACAUACAACAGACCUAACCUUGAGUUUUUAGAGGAAACAAGUGAUGAUCCAAGGAAAAGGUUUCUCAACCUUUGUGUUCCCAUUCACAAGCAUGCUCUAAAUGGAAACUGGCCGGCAGCUAAGCGCAUCAUAGAGAAAGAGAAUAAGCUCAAAAAUGCUGCCAUAACAAAUGGGUAUCCUACUCUACUGCAUAUUGCUGCAGGUGCAAACCACAUUCACUUUGUGAAGGAGCUAUUGAAGAUGCUUGAUGACAAUGAUAUAACAUUGCAAGAUAUGAACGGAAACACUGCUUUUUGCUUUGCUGCUGCAGCUGGAAACAUUGAAAUUGUUGACUUACUGUUGGAUACAAACUCACAAUUACCUGUAAAAAGAAGUGGAAAUGGAAAUACUCCUAUUCAGUAUGCUGCUCUGCAAGGAAGAUGCAAAAUGACAUGGCAUCUAUAUGAUAAAACCACACAUUGUUUUGAAGAUGCGGACUGGGAUUCGUUGUUCUUUGCUUGUAUCUACACUGGCAUCUACGACUUAGCCUUAAAAAUGCUAAUAGGUAGGAAUGCACUAGCUUUUGCACGUGAUGUGAAUAAAGAGACAGCUUUGCAUCUCUUGGCUCAAAAUCGAAUGCCUUUGGAUUCCGGUUGUCAUUGUCCUGAACAUGAUCAUAAUCCCAUCAUGACCAAUCCUGGCAUGAAAAAUCACGUGGUUUUCCAAUUGGUUAAAUUUCUUUGGACCACGAUUCUUGAAAAACACUACUCAUCAAAGGAGGAGCUAAAUAAAAUCAUUAAUGAACCUUCUCAACUAAUAUUUGAUGCUGCUGAAGUUGGAAAUUUUGGAUUCUUAUCAGAGCUUCUCAGUGUUUAUCCUAGCUUGAUAUGGGAUGUGGAUAGCAAAAAUCAAACUAUAUUACACAUAGCUGUUUUGCAUCGGCAUGCUAGUAUCUUCAAUCUCGUACAUCAAAUAGGGCAUAUUAAGGGUAUCAUAGUAACAUAUGAAGAUGAUAAUGACAGAAACACUUUAUUGCACUUGGCUGCAAAAUUAGCACCACGAAGUCAACUUGAAUUGGUUUCUGGAGCUGCUUUUCAAAUGUGCGUCGAGUUAGUAUGGUUUGAGAAAGUAAAGAAGAUAAUGUUGCCUGCACAGAUAAAGAUGAGAAACUCUGAAGGCUUUACUGCACAAGAGCUAUUCUCAAUUGAGCAUGAAACACUAAGAGAAAAUGCAGAGUCGUGGAUGAAAAAAACUGCCGAGUCUUGCAUGCUAAUUUCAACUGUCAUUGCUACCGGAGUGUUUGCUGCUGCAACUACUUUACCAGGCGGUACCGAUGACUCUGGAAAACCACACUAUUUGAAUAAAACAUCAUUCUUGGUGUUUGCAAUAUCAGAUGCAUCUGCAUUCAUCUCAUCUGCGACUGCGAUAUUGAUUUUCUUGUCUAUUCUUGUCUCGCGUUAUGGAGAGUAUGACUUCUAUAAAUCAUUGCCUUUAAAGCUAAUAUGUGGAUUGGUCACAUUAUUUAUCUCCGUAACAAGCAUGAUGGUAGCAUUAAGUACUAACUUCUUCAUAGUAUACUACCAUGGUUUGAUGUGGGUUCCUGGUUUCAUUUCAGUAUUUUCUUUCCUCCCAAUACUUUUGUACAUAUGUUUGCAAUUUUCGUUGUUUUCAGAUAUCAUUUACUCAACAUACUACUGGAGUACUCUAUCUAAGCCUGGUAAAAAUAUGAUUUAUGUACUAGAGAAGUAGUGGAUUAUUAUUGUAAGAAAAAUGUGUAUUGUUAUAACAGAAGUUUGAUAAUAAACUCAAGAAAUCUACGGGGCAGUAUAUAACACUUUUUGUAAUAUAUAUGGAAUCAUUGUUUUUUGUUAUAACAGAAGUUUGAUAAUAACGAUCCAAUCUCUUAGGUAUGGUCGGCCGGAUUGGUGAAGUACUGAAGUAUCCUUUUUUCAUGCAUUCUUCUCUUGUACAAGUCAUUUGUAACAAAUAGCAGUACUCUUAUUGUAAUAUAUAUGGAAUCAUUGUUUUUUGUUAAAUAAAA